GCAACGUCCUUGCAUAAUGAAUGGAAGCAACCAACUCGUGGUAUCGCCCCCAAUGCUAGAGCGCCAGACGGACACUCUCCGCCGUCGCUCUCCGCUGCCACUCAACGCCUCCAAACCACCGCCAUGUCCAGCGAAAACCCAGCGCCUCCCCGGAUCGCCAUAAAAUUUGGCGCGUCUUCUUCAUCAAAACCCAACUCUACAACCUCCCUUGGCAAGCGGCCCCGACCGCAGCUACUCCACGCCGAGUCGGACUCCGAAGAGGACGACGCGUCGACGUCGACCAGGCAUAAGCCCAUCGCAACCAUUUCCGCGACGCCAGGUCGUGUCUUUCACAAUAAUGGGGGCCAUUGUGCAGGCACACCACUGAGCAUCACACCCAAACGAACGACAAAUGGCCGGAAUUCCGAAAGGAUAUCACUGUCAGAGCAUACAGCUAGCGGGCAAGCAGGGACCGUCACGGGUACGAGCGAUGUCUCAAGCGGCGAGUCGCGGGGGAAGCCCUCUUUAAAAUGGGGGCUCACUCUGAAAAACGACCAUGCUAGUGUACCCCAGAAAGAUCAGAGUUGUGCAGAUGCGGAUUCAGAGGGUUCUGGCGGGUCGGGCCUUGAUGCCAGCAAUGGGAGCCAGCCACCAGCGAGUGGCCAGGUGCCCAUAACAGCGGAUGACGAGGCUCUGAGCGCUCUGCUAGGCGGCGAGGAUCGGCCGAUCAAGGGUGGACAUGUGACUGUGAACAUUCCCUCUGAACACACAACGGAAGGGGAUGCGUUUCGACGACAAUUCCGUGAGGCUCCCGAUGUGUCUACUUUGAAGGAAUAUGAGGAUAUGCCGAUCGAGGAGUUUGGUGGCGCUCUCCUGCGCGGCAUGGGCUGGGAUGGGAAACUGCGUGGACCCAAGUCGAAGGAACCCCAAAGACGCCCCAACCAGGUUGGUCUCGGCGCCAAAGCCUUGAACGGCCGAGAAGACUUGGGCUCAUGGAACCAGAAGGCAAAUGGGAAGUCGCGUCCCAGACUAGACGAAUAUAACAGGCAACGGAGGAGGAAGCGAGACGAUGCUCAUCGGGACAAACGAUAAUGGUUAGGAUUGCCAGAGCGAAAUUGGGAGGCCUCAGUGGGUGUUGCAAGUCUCUUGGCCGGUAGGGCGGCCGGCCGAUAACGGUGCGGGACAAGAACACCAACCAACAAACGGAAGAAGUUACAUAUGUGGAAGGCUCGUGCAAGGGAGUCGCUUGUAGGGGCGCCAUCGGAGGCGACUCCCUUCUGUCCCUGCUGAAGGCGCAGGGCGGCCGGUCGGGUCAUGGUCGGGGGCAUCAAAAGGUCUCUUGCUGGAUGGUAUAUAUAUUUUCGAACAGCGUGCUGAUCUGUCUCUGGAGGGUGGCGGUCUCGUCUGUCAUGCGCUUGUAGUGGUCCGAGUCCUUGAAGCUGCUGGAGCAGCAGUUGGCCGUGUAGAGGCCUGAAGAGUGAAGUGAAUCAACUACCAAAGGAAUUGAUCUAGCUGACAGGAUCCUCGAGGCCUGCUGGGAGCUAUAAACGGAUCACAAGGCAAAGCCAAGGCAACAGGUACAGCCUAAGCCCUAUAAUAUAACAUACACACUUUCCCCAG